AUGGCUGCUUCGGCAGGACAAUUGCCUCAGGGCGUGGGGAUAGAGGAGCCGAGGAUGCCAAGCGAUUACGCGCUCAACGUGCUCGCCAGUCGAUUUGUCACUCUCACGGGUGUUCGCAUAAAGGCAACCGUCGGCGGUGUCGACGAACCCGAUCCUAGCCUGGUCCAAAGUUUGGGCCCCGACGUCGAUGCGACGAUGGAAGGUCUCCUAGAUUCGUUAGCUCAUGUCGCUAAACGAAAUGCCAAAGCCGUCAUUGACAGCCUCGUCCGAUGGCGAAGCGCCGUCCUGGCCGAUCAAGUCGAUGUGGCCGAUGUCCGCGGCGCAAUGGCGGGUACGCAGCUUGGACUUACUGCGUCUUCGAGCGUACGUGACGUGGCGGCAGUUCUGACGAGAAGGAAGCAGCUGGCUUCAGCCUACCUCCUGGCCCGAGCUUUGGGCAAGGUGGCCUCGCAGCUCACCCCAGGUGCUAUGCCCGAGCGACACUGGACAGAAGUCCAAGCGACAGCUUUCGACUUGAUGAGGGAAUGCGGCAGGGAGAGAUUACCUUCCUCAAGGAUGCAGGCCGAGGCUUUCGACGCGGCUUCAAUGCUGCUGGGCGUACUUUCCAAGGCCAGCUUUGUCGCAGUCGGCGAUCGAUUCAUCGCCUUCCUUGAGCAGCAGCAGCAGCAACGCAACCAGGUCUCAUCCUCCUCGUCCAAAGAGACCGAGAUUGCGACCGAGAUGGCCAUCGUUGGUAUGCGCCAUCUUCCCAUCACUCCCUACCCCAUGGAAUUGUUCGAAGAAGGGGCAGAGUUCCUCGAGACCGUCUCUCGCAAUUACGCCGCCGCUCACGGCCAAAGGCUGAAAUACGCCUAUGCAGAAACACUGACCAACCUAUUACUGCCUGUGGCCCAAUCAGCGUCAGCUGAGCUUCACCACCCGACAUGGACCAAAGCACUAGAGACAAUUGCGCCGCGAGCCAUGGGAAUGGUCGCAAAACCUCGGUAUUGGGCUGUAGCAUAUCCACUGUAUGUUGCAGUCCUCUGCGUAUCUCCCGAGGACCGCUUUCUACACGCCCCGAGUUCCUCGUCGUCCUCUUCGUCUUCAGGCGCGCAAUGGUCCUGGUCCGCCUGCAUCGAGGCGGGUAUUCCGAAGCUCAAAGAUCGAGCGUCCCGGUCGAUUGUGCUCAACGCUGCCGUUUGCCUGUUGUGGUCGUAUCUCUUUCGCUGUCGUGAAAGCUCUACAUCAACCACAAAGCGUCUCGAGUCAUUUUUCCGCACUUGGUUCCCUCCUCAUCGGUCCAACAUCGUGCCGACCGAGACAGUCGUCCUCACCCCCCACAUUGUCAUGCUUCAUUUGGUCCUCUACCGCCAAUUCGACUUUGGGUGCGGCCUCGUCCUUGACCUUCUCCGACACAGUGCUCUUGGAGGCAAAACAUUAUCGCUGCAGCCCGAGGCUCUAUCGCGACAACGCAUGACCAUCGCCAUCCGGGCUGUGCUUCUUACCUUGGAUGCUUACGUCAGAGCGGAAUCGCCGCCUAUGCCGACACCUGCCCGAACUUUCUCGUCCAUCUCGUCCAUCUCUGGAUACGACGCGGAAAGGCCUGGACUGGGCGAUCAGCUCCCUGAAGCUUUUGCUUUCCCAAGGCCGGAAAUUGGAGACGCACAAGCUAAUUUCAACGACCUCAUCGGCAAAAUCGCCCUUAUAUGCGAUCAUGAGAUUGGAGGGGUCGUCGUAUUCGACGAGCAGGCAUCAGGGGGAGGCGUGGCCUCAGCCGCCGCCGCAGCAGCAGCAGCGAUAACGACGUCGUCUUCGACGGGCGCCAAUGAUGAAGACCGUCUCACCUGGCGAGUUCACGUCACCAGCCGUCUCAGAGUGGGCUACAACCGCGAACACCAGGCUUCGAUGGAUCUCUUACGAGUCUGUUUUGAGAGUUGGCCCAGAUGCCUUAGCUCAAGCAUCCCCUUCUCGAGCGUCUUGGCGACACUGUAUCGAGGACACUUCAGCGCCGACCCUGUCCUGGCCGACGCGGCUUCGCAAAGCCUCCGUCGCAUCGCCUCGCUUCCUCGAGGCAGCAGCAGUCCUGGAGGUGCAUCCACGAUCGUCACUGGCUUCAUGCGCUACAUAUUCCGACCUGACACAAUCUUCUGGGAGACACAUCGGGCACAAACGACAAUUUUACCCAAAGUGGAACUGGCCGUCAAGCUGUGGGUGGAGCUGCUCAACAUCUGGCUUGCCCAGCUUCGGGGUUCGGUAGAGGGAUCGACUCAACAGAGGGCAUGGGAAAUGGAGAGAACGAGCGCCUGGGCCAUCAUAGACGAGGUGGAAGCACACGGCUUCUUCCUUCUUUGCUCGGCGUGGAGGCCUCUGCGACGGCAUGCCAUCAGUGUCCUCCGCCUCGUCGCCGUGCUCGACGAAGUCUUUCAGAACAGCUCCAACAACCGGAUGGCUUCAUUUGGCGACGGCAUUGACGAAGAAGAGGACGAAGAACCAACGAGAGUGAUCCAUCUUCUCGACAUGCCCUGCUCGCGAUUUGUUGCUGAAAACGACGAUGACGACAAAGAGCAGGCAGAUGGACUUAGCGCAUUCAAAGCGGCUGCUAGCGCUUCGAAGUGGAUUCGUGGAAAGGAGACUCUGUGCGACGUCGCAGAGAGUGACAACUCAUCCGAGCAUGCCCUCUGGCUCAAGGUCCUUCCCCGUUUCUUGCGACAGUGUCUUGAUCACUUUCCAACUACGGUGGCUGUCUUCAGAACGUCAGUCACCAACCGAGUCCUGUCGAUGGAUCAUGCAGUUGGCAUCGCUGCGGGAACCAUGUCUUCGUCGACGACAACGACCACGGGUACGAACUCGUCAGCUUCUGGACAGGGUGUUGCUGGUGGUACAAGCAACGGCGCUCAUGUUGCAUCGUCCUCAGGGGCCGGCUCGUUCCAAAGCAGCAUCGGCGGUCCGACUUUGGCACCUGAUCAGACUCUCAUGGCUGAUCAUUGGAGGAUGUAUAUCCUGUCUUUGUGUACGACGACGACUUCGACCGAGGGCUCGCGCAAUCGAGGAGGGCCCGAUGCCAUGGGCGAGAGGUCGUUGGCCGCCCGUGAUCUCUUCCAAAGACUGGUGCCCUUCCUGGCCUCUGACCACGCCAAAUUUAGAGACUCGGUCGUGACAGCAUUGGGGAACAUCAACAAGAACCUGUACAAGACGCUGCUCGAAACGAUGCAGAGCGUGAGCUCGCAGCUGAACGAGGAUUUCAAGUCGAAGUCGCUCUCUCGCACUCAGACGGCGGGUACAAUUGCAGGAAUGACGGUGGCGCCCCAGCGAAAGACAAAGAGGCAUCAGCGGCUGCGCACGUCGGUCGCCCACGUAAUUCAUCUCACGACUGCCAACAUGGUGGCGGCAGGGCAGCAUAGUGUUCAAGAGUACGACAAAGAACGUGAUGCCAUUGUCUCGCUCAUUCUCCACUGGAUCCGCGAUACUCUGAACUUUCUGACUGAUGCAGACAUGCGAAGUGACUGGGAGCUUCAACGCCUCCGCCGCUUUUUCAGCAAGGUCGUCGAGGAUCUCUUCGGAGCUUGUGGAUCGUCGGUUCAGAUGAUGUUGGGCAUUGAUACCCGCCUCAGAAUGUUCAGCCUCUUCGGCGAGUGGCACUCCUACAGCCAAGCGGCCAAAGACGGCCCGACGAAGCUUUCCGAUCUCCUGGCGUCGGUCGCCGAACAACAUCGUGAUGACAAACAACAGAACAACAUCCUCUGGAGCCUGCGAAACGAGACUCACUUUGUGUCCCUUCACGCGGCUGGCGCCAUGGCGGCCCUCUGCCAAGGCGCGAUCCCUGUCGCUAACUCUUCAGAGCCCCCAACAUCAACGCACGCAUUGCCUCCCGUUGAGCCUGCGAGUCUCCUCUCCUGGCUUCAUCACCUUUUCGAGAGCUCCAAUCGACAAAAUAAUGCCAUCGCCAGGCGUGCAUUACGAUCUCUUCUGGACUGCAAUGUCGGCCAUCGGGCUCUUGUCGGACAGACCAUCGACAUGGCAUUUUCAGAAUCGGAGAAACGGCCUAUCCUCAAGUCAGUCUUUGGCAUUUUGGUCGACUACUUUGUCGCCCAAGGCACCAGCGGUGAGGGAACCGCAACGGACCAGUCUACGCCCCUUGAACAGAUUAUCUGCCUUGGUCUGAUCAAGCUUGGUCACCCCGAGGCAGAGGUCAGGCGACGGGCGUUUGUCCUGUUGAGGACUUAUGCCCCCGUCACCUGCCCUAUUCAUGCGAUCGAAGGAGGCGUCGGCAGUCCGCUCCCCGCAACGUACCUGCGGGCUCAGCGUGACAUCUCGUCCAUUCUUGCCUUCGCCUUUGCCUCGCUCAAGGUUGCUGUCCUCUCAGAGUACACGCUCAGGCUUCCUCUGAUCGACUCAGCGCGACGUGCGACCACCCUCGGCCUUUUACCAGAGUGGCUCCAGCAGAUCGACUUGGUCCCAGCCGAAUACGCCAACGAAGAGUGGAAGCUUAGCGUCGAGGCGACGACGAGCGGCUCGCCUCUGCCUUAUCAAACGACUACAGCGUUGGCUAAUCUCAUGGCCCUUACGAUUCGCUACGGUGAUGAGCACAAUUUCGAGAUCCAGGACAUGUGGGCCAGUCUGGCCGAAGGAGGCGCCUCCUUCGAGAGGAAUGCACGCGUCGUCGUGCGCUUUCUCGUCAGCGAGGCACUGUACCUGCGGAGCCCAACCUUUGUCACGCACGCAAAGCGAGCCGUCAGCUGCCUUUCGCACACUGUCCUGGCACCGCUGCUAUUUGACGAGCUCUGCGCGUACAUCGAUCCCACCAAUAUGAUUCUGCAGCCCUUGGACAAUGACCCCUGUCACGUCCUACCGGUGCCUGGUCGAGAUCGCCGACUUUACGUGGCUCAUCUCGAGUCCCUUAUCUCGAGUUCGUCCCACGGCCAGUUCCGACAGACUUUCUCGCCAGGGCAACUCGCACUUCUCUACGUGGCCGAGCUGACAUACGAGAAAUCAGAUCGACUCUCGUCUAAGAUUGCGCUGCUAUUGCAUGCCAUCUUCAUGCACGUCGACAGCGUCUCAAUUUUCAGCCAGGAGCAAGCCAUGGCAAUGCUCGAACAGCUCGUUCGCACGUCGGCCGCGGGCGUGGAGGCAAAUCAAGACGUCGAGAACCUCUUCGACAAAGGAAGGGCCAUCUUUUGGACCGAUUCCGACCUCGAUAUCGACGUUGAUCACGCCCGGACACCGAGAAUGAUGCGGUCGACCUUGCUGGAGGUGGUGUCGAUAUUGCAGAGAUGCUCGCCUCUCCUGUCGGAGAAUCUCGCCCAGCGAUGGGGUGCCCGAGCGCUGCACUGGGCCACUGUUUGUCCGAUUCGACACUUGGCCUGUCGAUCCUUCCAAGCAUUCAGAAUCCUGCUUCCUGACCGAGUCUCGGCUUCAAUGCUCGCCGACAUGCUCAAGCGGCUUUCCAACACUAUCUCGGAUGCCUCGAGGACCGACGAUCAGGCGUUUGCUCUCGAGACGCUCGUCACCUUGACGGCUGUUGCUAGGUCGCCCGUGGCAUUGCUGGCUUACGAGGAGGACGUAAUCUCGCCUUCGUUUGCCCACUUGUUUUGGUGCAACGUCGCGAGUCUGUCGACGAUCAACGAGCGUGAAUUCUCAGAAGCGAUCGCGAUGCUCGAAGCGUUGCUAGACAAAGUCGACGUUGGCAACAAGUCGGUGGUUGAUGCAUUGCGGCGCCACUGUCCCGAUGGCUGGGAAGGCGAGCCUGGCGGCAUACAGACAGCAGUGCUGAGAGGAUUGCGCUCGUCGCUCACCUCGUCGGCCUCAUUUGCAUUACUGGCACGAUUAGCCAAGGUCCAAGAUGCGACACUGCUCGACGACGGACCGUCAGAUUCUCGGCUUGGGUUCCUUUUCGUCGCCUCUCUUCCGUGGUUUCUUGAGCUCGCCGACGAACCGCACGGUCCUCACGCCGACAUGGUUCGGGAUCUCGCUCACGAUAUUGCCGCCUUGGCUGGAACGUCCAACAAGACAGACCUGCAGCGCGUGGCCACCUCGAUUGCCCUGGCUCGCUUUCGAACAAGGGACGAUCUUGUGCGGCAGGCAAUGUCGAGCGUCAAGGCCCACUUCAUGCCCCACCUGGGCCCCCUGCUGGCAGUGCUUCUCAUUGGUCUCACGCUCAAUAGCCUCGAAUGGGUCCGAAGGCAGACGCUCAAAGUCCUCAACGUCUUUUUACCCGCCAUGGAUCCACGAAGCAAGGCCGCACUAGCAGAGAUGGGAGCAGAGGUCAUCAUGCCUCUAUUGCGACUGCUCAGCGUUCCGGGUCUGAGCAGCCAGGCCUUGGAGGUUCUCGAUGAGCAACUCGAGCUCCGGGACGGGCCAGGUGCGAAUCAGAUGCUGAGAUUGUCGCUGUUGGGCAUGCCAAGCGCAGACGGAAAGAUGAUGAUGAUGCCGGUUGGAAGUACGCUUUUCGGCACCCCAGAUGAGAACGGGUGGGGCGUGGCGAAUGCGCAGGAAAGCACGUCGAGGACCAGGAUCAACAUCUUGGCCGUGUUCAAAGAGUGCGAGAUGGGUUUAGGCCAGGACUGCGUGCCUGUGGUUGGGGAGGUCAAUUUCCGCGUGUCGGAAGAGACCGCUGGCGAAGCAGCCACCGUCGCAGAUGGAGAGCCGGCAAGUGCGGGAGGUGUGGAUACGCUGGACAAUCUUGGAGACCUCGUCAGUCAGCUGCAUGAUCUGGAAAGUUUCUUUGUCGACGAGCAGCAGGGUGGGAGUGGUAGUGGUGGGGGAGGAGGAAGCGGAGAGGGUUUGUCAUCGUCAAUGUCAAUGUCGACGAUGGCACGGAGCAAUGUGCUAGCGAUGGUUAGGAGACAACAAGAGGUGGACACGUACGGGCACAGCGCGAGGCCCAGUCAAGAAGGCGAUCAUGAAGAGGAGGAUGAAGAGGAUGAUGACGACGACGACGAUGAAGAAGGAGAGCAUACCGCGAGGCGGAAUAUCGCCGCCGACGACGACGAGCACGAUGGACAUGAUGUAUUAUACUGGGGUCGAGCAUGA